ACCUGACCAGGUGUACGUGUCAAGAGAGACAGCACAUCUAAUGGCGAAUGGGGGAGUGUACUUGCCACCAAGAGAAAUACAACUGGAGAAAGAACAGAAGCCAUGUCUCUGUCCAAGAUCCUAACGGAAGAUUUCCUAACAUGCCGCAUAUGCCAUGAAAAGUUCAAAGAUCCCAAGGUCCUCAGCUGUGCCCAUACGUUUUGCCAGCAUUGCCUCCAAGACCAUCUAGGCAAAAAAUUUCAAGGUCAGCCUCACUUCCCUUGUCCUAUCUGUAGACGUCAGUGUGUCCUCCCUGGAGGCGGUGUAAGUGCUAUACAAACAAAUCAUCUUCUGGUCAGCAUAUCACAAACACAUGGUCAAGUAGAACAAGCCAAAGCUGCCAAGAAAUGCAAGAUAUGUUGCAUGAAAAAUGUCUCCAAUCCACCAAAGGUAACAAAACGCUGUUUGGACUGUGAGGAAAGCAUGUGUGGAGAUUGUUCUUCAGAUCAUGUGCUUCAUAAGUUCAGUCGUGACCACAAACUGUUUCCUGUCGACCAGUUUGACAGCGAUGACUACGUGACAGAGCUGCGUGCCCGGCAAAACGUCCUGUGUGACCACAACAACAAGGCCCCCGUAGAAAUCUUCUGCCCAGUGUGUGAAAAGUUCGUCUGUGUCGGUUGUAUGGUUUUAGAACACCAGGGUCAUGAUUGCCUUAGAAUCAACACUGCUGCCGACAAACGCAAGGAGAAACUAGAACUCAGAGUGAAGCCCAUCGAGAAGAAAAGUCUACGGUACAAUCACUUUAAAACUGUUGCUGAAGAUCAGAAAAUAUCAGUAGAAGAGGGAAGAAAGAAGGCAAAGAGUCAAGUAAACAAGCAGUUGGAGCAAGUUGUUAAGAUGGCCCGUCAACGUGCCAAUGAUCUUCUGGAAGAAAUAGAUGCCAUGGCAAAUGCCAAAUUAGACAUCUUAAAUGGUUUAAUUGCAACUGCUACCGCCGACCAAAACCAACUAGACGACGUAGUAGACUUCUCAAGGAAACUCAUUAACCAUGGCAACGAUAUAGAUGUCCUCCAAAUGGCCUCGACCUGUGAGCAAAGCAGCGAGAGCGUUCAGACUCUCGACAUCCCGACCCUGCCUGCAGCCAUGACCCAGCUACAGCUAAUCACCAACGACAUGGAGGAAUGCGUUACCAAUAUCAACAGUUGUCUUGGAAACGUAGUUCCGGUCGUGAGUGGAAGACUGGUGACAUCAUUCAAAGUAGAACUGACCAAGUCUCCUGAGGAGAUGAUCAGUCACGUGACCACUGAUAUAAACGGUGAUUUUCUUUUUGGCAUAUUCUGUAAUGAUGACAAGUCACGGAAUAGAAUCCUCAUCUACGAUUUGAACUUUGUCCUUCAGGGCACAAUUUCAAACCCAAGAGCAGCACAAAAGUACGGCUUUGCAGGGAUUGCCAUUGAUGAUGAUGGCAACAUUGUCACUAGAUGUCAGGGGUCAAAUGAAAUCAUUAUCUACUCCAAGAAAGGAGACCACGUGAGAACAUUCCACAGUGAAUCACCUCAGGCAGUAGCGGUCAAUGGCAAGGGUCACUAUGUAGUGGCAGGUCUUAGUACUCUGACUGUGCACCACAAGGAGGGCGAGGUCCUACAGUCGACACCAGACCCACAGGGUAAAUAUUUCAAAUACAUCCACUGUAACCUCAAUGAUGACAUCAUCGUCAAAGGAGAUGAUCACAUCCGUGUAUACAAUUCCACUCUCCAGCUUAAAUACAGAUAUGGUACCCAGGGUGACGGAGACGGACAGGUGAACGGUCCGUGUGGCACAUGCUGCUUGGAUAAUGGAGAUAUUAUUCUAGCAGACCUCAGCAACCAUCGUCUUCACCUGGUGUCACCAGAUGGGAAAUUCAAGCGAUUUCUUUUAACCAAAGAAAAUGGAAUUGAUAGGCCGAAAGAUGUUGCAAUAAGUCAUCUCGGACAACUGGUAGUUGGAGAACAGAGAGGGAAGAUAAAAUUCUUCGAGUUAUGA